UCGAGGCAGGUUCGUUGCGCGCGCUCCUUCGUCGCUCGUUUAGUUCAAAUCGCAGGAACAUCAAGAUUCUUAAAAAUACAAAUGUUUUUAAAAAGAAUCAUACAAAAUUAUAUUUGAAUAUUCUGUGCUGUCUCUCAGCUUGGAUCAAAACGGACGCGACGGUUGCCUAAGUCGGAGUGCUGGACACACAUGCACGCAGGCACACAUAUAGAGACUCAAUCACACACCUCUCUCGCUCCGGCCAAAAACUAGAAAAAAGACAACAGCUAAAAGUGGUAGUAACAGGCGAAGAAGAAGAAGCAGAAGCAACAGCAGUGGAGGCAAAAAGUGACUUGUUUUUUGUUUGCUUGUAUACGCCGAUGUCGGCGUCAACGCUUCGUACCAUUACCGCUCUGUCUCCCCUUCAUCCGUAUGUUGGUAUUAAGAUCGCGGUCUAAGCAAGUGUACUAGUCUCUAGUCAAAGCCACUAGACGCCACAGCAGUGAAGGCAUGGGUGUUAACAAUAUAUUAAAAUAACAUUCACACAGCUACACACACACAGGUUUACAUGUGUGUGCGUGUUGGCGAGAAAAGAAAGUGCAAUAAAAACCAAAAAUUAUAAAAAAGGCAACAAGUGCAAUAUGUAUACAACGUGUUGAAAAGAAACAAGCAAAGAAAAAACAGUUAAAUCGCCGCGCUUCGAGAGAGAGAGAGAGAACAAGCUGUUACAAAGGGAGGACAUCUAGGAGAGAGCAAGAGAAGAUAUCAUUCACACACUAACCUGUUGCAUCAAGGAAGCCGAUUCAGAAAAGAUUCUGCUGCCAUAGGCACAGCCAAUGGCCGAGAAGCAGCCGUGAGAUGCAGUCCCGCUAAGCCAGCACAGCAAGAGAGUGCUCGAAGUCCGCUACAGACACGGAACCCCAAACAACAAAGCAUUGAACGCUGGAAUGUGGCCAAAUCAUCAUUAUAAUCAUCAUCAGAAGCAGCAGCCGCAUCAGCAGCAGCAUCAGUAGCCAGAUCGAUCUCCUGAAAGACAAUUAAGCCAUCAUCAAGCAUCAUCCCCAUAAGCAUAAGCAUCAACAACAGCUCCAGCUACAGCUACAGCUCCAGCGAGAGAGAAACAUAAGAUGCAGGUGCCCGAGCACGUUGUCUCUCUGUACAUCGCCACCUGCGGCCAGAAUGGACCCGGACUCGGAUCGGACGAGAAGGAGAUCAUACUGCUCGUCUUCGUUCUGCUGGAGGUCGCCACGGGUCAGAUCGUUGGCACCAAACAAAUACUCGUCCGGCCCGAUGGCUACUUCAUCAAGGACCGCACCAUCUCGAGCUCCUCGGAUAACUCGAACGUCACCAGCAACACGGCCUGCUCCCCGCCCCUGUCCAUCGGCACAGGCGCCAUCGAUGGCACUGGCAAUGCCAAUGCCAACAGCAGCGCAUCCAGCAGCAUCGGCAGCGGAACGGGCAACGGUAGCAGCUCGGCAAACGGCAUCCUGGAAAACAGCAGCGAGCUGAUUCUGCCAAUCGCCGAGGCUCAGUCAGCUGGCAAGCCGCUCAACGAGGCCAUCGAAGAGUUCGAUGCCUACCUUCGCUCUCUGUCGCUGCACGACACGGAGAUCCAGCUGAUCACGGAUGGGCAGCUGCCGCUGAGGCAGUGCCUGCACCGCGAGGCCUGCGCCAAGGACGUGGAGCUGCCCGCAUACUACAAUCGGUUCAGCGACUUGCGCAAGGAGUUCCUGCGCUACAAGUCCGGGGAUCUGUCGCGGGCCCUGGUCCCCGUCAAGGACAUCAAAAAGAUGUUGCAAUCGCCCACACUGCCCGUGCCCCAGUCCAUAGGAGAGAUGCUGAAUGAGCUCAACACGACAUCGGUGGAGGACAACGACUUUUACAUACGCGAAUCCCGCGACAUGGUCACUGUGAUCCAGACCCUCCUUCAGGCAGGCCACAAAUUCGCAUCAAACGAACUGGUCACCUUGAUUCUGGAACCUGGAAUUUGCUCAAUCGACGACGAGGUCGACGGCAACUGCAUCGUGCGCGCCCGUGGACUCCCCUGGCAGAGCAGCGACCAGGACAUUGCCAAGUUCUUCCGCGGACUCAACGUAGCCAAGGGCGGCGUCGCUCUUUGUUUGUCCCCACUGGGCAGGCGUAACGGCGAGGCCCUGAUCCGCUUUGUCUCCCAGGAGCAUCGCGACAUGGCGCUCAAGCGGCACAAGCACCACAUCGGGGCCAGGUACAUCGAGGUGUACCGGGCCUCGGGCGAGGACUUUCUGGCCAUUGCCGGAGGGGCAUCCAACGAAGCGCAGGCCUUCCUCUCCAAGGGGGCCCAGGUGAUCAUCCGGAUGCGGGGACUGCCCUACGACUGCACGGCCAAGCAAGUGCUCGACUUCUUUACGACGGGCGAGGCGCCCUGCCACGUGCUGGAUGCGAACGAGGGCGUUCUGUUCGUGAAAAAGCCGGACGGGCGGGCCACUGGAGACGCCUUCGUGCUGUUUGCCAACGAGGGGGAUGCCCCGAAGGCGCUGGGGCGACACCGCGAGUCCAUUGGGCAGCGAUACAUCGAGCUCUUUCGCUCGACCACCGCCGAGGUGCAGCAGGUCCUCAACCGCUCCAUGGACCCCAAGACCUUUGAGACUAGCAGCCACAGCCAGCCGCCGCUGAUCGCCCAGCUGCCCACCAUGCAGCUGCCCCUGCUGCCCCAGGUGGGUGUCGUCACCCAUGGCUAUGGCCACGCCCAUGCCCCAGUCCCGGUCCCAGCUAACCUGUGCCCACAUCCCCAUCCCCCACAGCACCUCAUCACCUCGGGAACGACAAAGAACUGCAUCAGGCUGCGCGGCCUGCCCUACGAGGCCAUGGUGGAGCACAUCCUCCAUUUCUUGGACGACUUUGCCAAGCACAUCAUCUACCAGGGCGUGCACAUGGUGAUCAAUGCGCAGGGCCAGCCCAGCGGCGAGGCCUUCAUCCAGAUGGACUCGGAGGACUCUGCGCGGCUCUGCGCCCAGCGCAAGCACAAUCAGUUCAUGGUCUUCGGCAAGAAAUUCCGCUACAUCGAGGUGUUCCAGUGCUCCGGCGACGACAUGAACAUGGUCCUCAACGGCGGUCUGGCCUCGCCCGUCGCCCAGGCGCCGGCCCACCACGGCCAUGCCCACAAACAGACCUCGCUGCUAUCCACGGGUAUGUUAGCUCAGUCGCCGCCGACCCCAGCCGGCGCCCAGUCGGCGAUCUCCGGCUCCCACUCACACACACACUCGCACGCACACUCGCAUUCGCACGCCCAGGGCCACGCCACCGCUCACCAUGGUCUGCCCACGUCCCCAGCCCUCCUGACGCCACUGAGCUCCACCUCAGCCGCGGCUGCGUCCGCCAGUGGACUGGCCUCCUUCAUGGCCUCCCAGCCGUCGGCCGCCGCCGCCCACUCUUCGCUGCAGAACGCAGCCGUGGCCCUAGGCUCCCUCUCGGGCCAGGCCCCGCCCGGCUACCCGCUGAACUACUCGCUGCCGCCGCCCGCUUCCCAGGCCGCCGCCAGCCCCGCCCUGCUAGCCCAGCAGCAGGCUCAGUUCAUAGCCCAGCAGAGUCUUCUGGUGCGUCAGCAGGCCGCCGCCGCUCUUGCCGCCGAGCAACAGCAACAACAGCAGCAACAGCAGCAGCUGUAUGCCAACGCCAUGCUCCAGUCACACCCCCUCUACCUGCAGCAGCACCAACAACAGCAGCAGCAGCUCUACGCCAAUGCAAUGCUGCAGUCGGGCCAGCCCCAGUUUGUGCUCAUGCAGCGGCCUUACAUGCCGCACUUUCCCCUUGGCUACAUGCAAGCCGGAGCGGCUGGGAGUGCAUCCACUUCGGCCCUGGCUCUCGCUCAGGCUCAAGCACAGGCCCAAGCCCAAGCCCAGGCACAGGCACAGGCUCAGGCGCAGGCGCAGCCGCAGUCGAUGAAGCGGUCGUACGAAAACGCAUUCCAGCAGGAGGCGGCCGGAGCGGCGGCUGCAGCCAGUGCGGCCAAGCGGGCGCUCACCCGCACGCCUAGUAGCGUCUACUCGUACUACAAUCCGGGCAUUUGAGGCGAGUCUCCGCUUAUGAGUCGAUUGAGAGCAUUUCUCCAGCACUUCGUGCACAUUCCGCUUCGUUCCAUUCCGUUUGCAAUCCACAGUGAGUGGCGGCGGAGUGCUUUAUAAACAUAUACAAACACAUACAUACAUACAUAAACACACAUCUAUCCACGAUCCACGCGCAUAUCAUGUUCCAUCAUGGCAACCCACACAGAGACACACCCAUGCAUACCAGACAUAAUUUAGAGCAUAAUUCUGUAGCGAAUCGAUUUCGUUCCCGGAAGGGAAUGGAAUGGGAGUAGCCUUAAGUACUUAAGUACUCUUCUUGUAUGGAGUACUCGUAGCAGCCUAAGCAUUCUGUCUAUGGUCUAAGCAUAUCUAAUAUCGUCAACACACACGCGCACACACAUACAGUUGCACUGCUCCUCACUCACACGCAUUUGAACACCCGCUAACCGAGGAUUCGAAAGGUCCCAGAAAUAUUUGCUCACUUUUGUUCCACAUUCGGAUGCUUGGUGUGUGUGUGUGCGUGUGUGUGUGUGUGCGACAGUGAGGGAUCUGGGAAGAAAAGAUCCUUCGCCCGAUUCGAAAGCAAUCAACAGAGGCUAACGUCAUUCGUGGAGGAAGUGCGGCAUGGCCUGGGCCUCGCCCACGCCCUCGCCCUCGCCCUUUCAGUGCAAUCUAAUUUUAAUGUCUACUUCAGUCCACACUCGCAUUCCCUCCACGAACGGCGUCAGGUGUUGGCUAAUGCGCUCAAAUUUAACGAAAUUCAGAUCGAAAUUCUGUAAGACAAUAUUUGGAAUAUCCAUAAUACACGAUACACGCCUAGACUUAAGAUCGUACCACUUGUAAAAUUGGUUGGCAUUAAUUUUAAUCAGUCUGAAAUCCUUUCCUGUGUCUUUCGUGCUCUGGUCUGAAUGCAGAGCUCGGAUGCGAUGCGAUCCUUUCUCUCUCUCUGUCUCUCAACGAAAAGCUAACCCCAGAUCAAACCCCAAUCCAAUCCAAUCCACCCACUGACAUGCGUUCAAUAAUUUUAAUAAUCUCAUUGUUUUUUGAAUUUGAUAUCGUGUGUACACACAUUGUAUAUUUAGCAUAAUCUAGAUCUAUGGUGUAGCUUAAGUGUGCGUAACUGGUGUUAGUCGCAAACGGCAAAUAAUUCUAUCACUGUCACUUUAUUUUUCUGUGUGUUCUCCCCUCUCCCUCUUCCCUGUAUCUCUCUCUCUCUCUCUCCCUCUAUCUGUCAUCACUAAUUUAGUUAUUAGUCCUUGAAGGGAUCUACAUAUGUAGUCCAGUCCUAAUCCUAAGACCUGCUUAUCGUACAUUCGGGCGCCUUAGUGUCUAGUGUGUCUGGUCUAUGUACAUGAUAACGGUAAUUGGUGUCUUGGGCUUACAUCCACAUACACGCACAUGCGUAUGCGUAUGCGUAUGCGUGUACGUAUACGUAUACGUAUACGUAGACGUCUAAGAACGAUCGAAGAACGAUGGAAGUCUGUUUCCAGCUCAGCCCUAUCUAUCUAUCUACCUAUCUCUUCACACCCUCCCUCCUAUCGCUCCCUCUGACACUAUCCUGUUCCGGCUCCUGCUGCGUCUAACAUUCAGUUUCGUAAUGCUAAGAGGGGCAUAACGAAAGAAAGGCACGGGAAAGAUUCGCCUAGCUUUUAGUCCUUAGCCUAAUUUAACCUUUAGCCUUUAGUAGUUUUUAUGCGAGUGCCCGUAUGCGGCAAUCGAGUGGCUUCCGAGUGGGUUUGGGUUGGCAGAUCCUCCUCCAGCGGCCACUUUAAAGAUCUAAAUAUCUAAAAAACAAUUAUCUACUUAACUAGUUUGUACGCACAACAACCAACGUUUUUAUUGUGGAACACAUUUUACGAUUUUGAUAUUCCAUCUUUUUACCAUUAGCUGUUAGUGAUCAAUCUUUGGUUAAUUUUUUUAUUUUACAUCAAUAAAAUAUCAACAUACCGCCUAAAAA